AUGGCCUCUGGAAGGCGUCCAGAGCAUCAGGCUCCGCCAGAUGUGGUAAGAUUGCUGUUUUAUUUCGCAUUAUCUAAGGCCGUACUUGAGGUACACUUCCUUUGCGUUAUUUAUUUUCCAGUUUUACAAUGCGGAUGAAGCCCGUAAAUAUACGUCCAAGUAAGUAUUGAAUUGUUUACAACGGAAUGCUUCCACGUGUUUUGCUUUAAAUUUCAUAUGGUUUUAGCAUAGCCUGAGAAAACAGCCGACAUUUGGCGACACCACCACUGGUUUCCCCGCCAAAUGACGUCUGAGAAACGAGCGUAGAAAUUCCAUACUGAUGACGCGUCACUACCCAGAUCUGGGUAGUGCUUGUGAUUGGUUGAAACAAAUUUCGCACACAGCACAACCAUUUCAGAAGCACUACCCAGAUCUGGGUAGUGACGCGUCAUCAGUACGGAAUUUCUGUACUCAUUUCUCAGACGUCAUUUCUCAGGGAAACCAUUGGUGGCGUUGCGAAAUGUCAGCUGUUUUCUCAGGCUAGCUUUAGAACGAGGAGGGUGAUAAUGAUAAUGACAGUUUUUUAAAAAAAAUUAACUUCCUGAAAAUAAAAUAACCAAAAGUUUGUAUGCGUUCAUUUUGGUAAGACCAUGAGGCCAUCAUAGUUUUGUCUUGGUCAUCUUAUGAAGGAGGCACCCCCUCCCCCUAAGGAUGACGGGUUUUCGAACAGGGGGGUUCGGAUUUUUUCUUCAAAGAAGCUGACAAAAUUUGGACACUUCAGAUGACUUUUUCAAAGGUGCCAACAAAAAAUGAACCCUUCGGAUUCAAUUUUUAAAAGGGCACCAACAAAAAUUUGGGGGUUUGGAUUCCCAACAUUUUAGUGGGGGAGAGGGCAUGGGGUGCGAAUAAAAAAUGGAACGUCCCUGCUUAAGGUUUAGUUAAAGAUCUAAUUAAUUGCCAGAUGACUCCCCUGGACCCACAGUCAUUGAGCAAGUGAGCUCUAAAAAUUGUUUCUUGCCUAACAAGAAAAUCUACUUGUCCUGCAUGAGCGGGCAUUUUAAGCCCUUCCUUUUUCAAACCCUUCCAAGAUGCCAAUUUGUAGGCCUUCUUCAAGUUUAUUUUCUGCAAUAAUGUAGAAACUGUAACUUUGAACUUCACAAGAUAACUUUUUUAUGGUAUUAAUAUUUAAUUCCAGCACAAGAAUGAUUGAGAUUCAAGUCCAGCUGUCUCAAAGAGCAAUAGAGUUGUUAAAUUUGCCAGAAGAUAAACCUUGCUUUCUACUUGAUAUUGGGUAAUACUGAUUUGAUCCUUCUUUCAUAUUAUUGUGAAAUUUUAACCACCUAACUAGAAUGCUUGUUAGUGUAGUAAUCUGCAUGCAGAAUGCAGAGGCUACGAGUUUGAUAAAACGUGUAGCUGGAAAAAGUAAAUAGUAUUAUGGUUUCAAAAUAACUGGAGAAGAAGAUAAGAUAACUUUGCUUGGUAAUUUCUGAAAGUUUCAUUCCUACAUGAACCUAUCUAGACUAUGAGUAGUCCUUCAUUUUCCUCAGGGAUAAUGGAACAAAAGAAAUGUUUAAGAGUGUGAAAAUUCCCACCCUGGAGCUAAUGGAGGGUGACAUACCCAAUGCAUAUGUGUGCUUGUGCAUUGAUUUACUCCUGGACAAAAAGACCUAUUAAAAACCAACACUGGACUGCCUCGCUGGUGGGGUAUUGAGCUGCCAGCUCUGCUGCAGGCCAUGGGUCAUGGGCUGUGACAUCACUUUUGGCAAAACCGCCAUUCUUGGAUAUUAAUCUGAGCCACCUUAUUUAGCUAAUCACAAAUCUCGAAAACACGCACUCUAAUCCAUCUUCAAAUUGAACCUGACUGUGUACAUUCCUUCAAGCUACCCUUCCAUCAGAAUCUUGAAUUAAAUUCCUUUUGAGGAGACACGAAUGGUACCAUGGCAGUUCUUGGAAAUGUAGAGUAAAAUUCAUGAUUUUAACUGCAGUGCUUGAAAGCCCUUGAAAUUUCUUACAAAAAUAAUCACUGAUUUUCUUAUGAUUUCAGGUGUGGAUCAGGUUUAAGUGGUGAAGUGUUGACAGAUGAGGGACAUCAUUGGAUUGGUCUUGAUAUAAGCCAGGCCAUGUUAGGUACAAAAAGUUUCUUUCAAUUUUAUGUGCUGUAACUUAAUCCUCAAUCAAAAGAUAUUCGCUCAUUUGCCCUUACUAGUAAGCACAAUCUUUCCCCUUUUAGUUCUGCCUCAUCUUCCAAAUAAAACUGUCAUUAAUUAUUUUAAGAUCUUAUAACAUAAAUGGUAUGCUUGUUUUAUUACAAUGUAGAUGUAGCAGUUGAAAGAGAGGUUGAAGGGGAUUUGUUUCUUCAUGAUGUUGGACAGGGUCUCUGUUUCAAACCAGGAACAUUUGAUGGUUGUAUCAGGUGACGUCAUUUAAAUAAAUCUGUUUUCUUAAAACAUUUUUAUUGGCAUUGAUGCAGUUGAUUGAGGGCAGUAAAGAUGAUAGUAUUAAUGACUAACAAAGAGUUUAAAAAUGUGUUUUUUGCUACAACUAUGUUCCUCUAAUUAGUUUAUUAUACUAAUUAUCCAUGAUGUUUUCCAUCCAUUAUUAUCGUAUCAAGGCUGGUACUGUUGCUUCCUUCCAGGCCCUCAGACAGGCAUACCGAAAAUAAGCCCUGGGGCUUAUAUUUUUCAAAGGCCCUUUUUGAGGGGCUUAUUUUUGGAGGGGCUUAUAUUCAGAGGGUCUUAUGUACGGAGGGAAAUUUGCAUUUCAAAAUCAAUUGGGCUAGCUUAUAGUUGGAAGGAAUUUAUCUUUUUUGCGUUGUUUUACUUUAUAUUUGAGGGCAAUUUCCAAGUUCAAGCCCCUGUGGGUGCUUAUAUUUGAAGGUGCGAUUUAAUGGAGGGUUUUUCGUGUUACAGGUUUGGGGGGGCUUAUAUUUGCAGGGGCUUAUACAUGAGGGGGCUUUUUUUCGGAAUUUUAUGGUAUUUCUUUUAUUUAUAUCAGAUUACUUCAAUUUGUGUGUUUUAUGUUUACAGCAUAUCAGCUCUUCAAUGGUUGUGUAAUGCUGACAAGAAGGGACACAAUCCUGCAAAAAGACUUUACAAAUUCUUCAGUUCCCUAUACAGUGCUUUGGUAACUUUUUUGACUCACUUUUACAAUAUCCUCUGUGUCUUAGUUUCCAAUAGUAACAUCUGUUUCCAGUAGUUUUGUCUGGUCACAUUGGUCACCUUUUGGCAAUUAUUGUGCUAGAUAAUAAAUAAUUUAUAAGAUGUCUAUGCUUACACUGCAGGAAAAGGUCGAAAUUAUAACAUUUUUUUUAUGUGUUGUUCCUUUCUUAUCAGAGUCGGGGAAGUAGGGCAGUGUUUCAGUUUUACCCAGAAAACCCUCAGCAGGUAAAAUUUCAAUAGUUUAUAUGAUCCCCUUUUUUUAAAUAAAUAAACAAUAAUUACAAUAUUAUUGCUACUGUUUUUUUGCACCAAGUGCUUACUGAGAACACUAUAAAUCCCUUUAAAUCAACAACCUUUCAAAGAUCUUUCUUUAACAGAACCAGUAGAAUAUGGAAUGCUCUUGCCGCAGACCUUGGACUAUCCUGUGUAUCCGUUGCAUGUUCUUUAAGUUCUUUUAAAGCUGUCCUUUAUGGUUAUUACAAACAAGCUCUUGGCACUUCCCACAUCCCUGAUGACCCUCGCUCUUUCAAAUCUAUAUGCUUGACCUGUAAUGCUGCCCAUAAUUUAGGACGGAACAUCACGUGUUUCUUUUAGAUAGUAUUGUAGUUUUUACAAUUUUUUUUAGCGAUUUGUGUCUUGGGCCUGCAGUAAUUGGCCCUCGCUGUUGCGGUGUCCCCGCCUGUACUCCUUUGAAUAUAUGUACACUUUUUUUUGUAGUGUCACUUAUCUUAUUGUUUGGCAAAGUUAAUAAAAUAAAAUAAAAUAAAAUAAUGUUCCCUAAAGGAGACAGGAUGCUAUUUCUGUUCGGUUAUUCGAGCCCUUGUGAAGCUCAAGCCAUUAGCAGGGUAAAAGUAGGGGGUUCUUCCUCAGUUAUUUAAGACCGUGAGUAUUUUUUUGGUCCCCAGAAUGGAAACUAUAACAUUAUGCUCCGUAGACCAACAAUCUACCAGCAACUGAGCUAACCAUGCCAUGGUUACAUGUAGGUAACAACAACCAAGAUUGCAACCGUUUAUUUUCAACCCAAAUACAUCUUCCCAGAAGUGCAUACAGCCUGAUCCAUACAGUCAUGUACUUGAGUGGAGCAAGUCAGUGAAUGUAUGUUUUCUUUCUUCAGGUUGAGUUAAUAACGACACAGGCUAUGAAAGCUGGCUUUACUGGUGGACUUGUUGUAGAUUAUCCUAACAGCACAAGAGCUAAAAAGUGAGUAGUAAUAAAUACAGUGUGCCAAGCUACACAUGUUUUAAAUACAGUAAAUUAUGAGAGAACUGAUUUAUUCAUUGAAACAUCCAUGCCCAUUCUUUUUUUACCUGGCCAACCAAAACCUAUAUUCAACAAGGUUUUCUUGUUAAGUUUUCUAUUUGUAGUUGCAUGUGAUACUAGCUUUGUAGUAUCUUUCCACCUUUUUUUUAGAAUAUUCCUGUGCCUCUUUGCAGGAGUUGUGGUUGAUAAACUACCAAAGGUUGGUUUUCUUUUUUGUUGUUAUUAUAACAAUACCUUCCUGAUUCUUUUAUGUCAUCUUUAAUGCAAUCUUUACGUUAAUUUUGCAGAGGCACCUUGAAGGCAAUCUCGUUUUCUUAGAACUUAAUUAGUUAAAGUUAAACUACUACAGUAUAGCGACCUGGCAGAUGGUGUGAUGAGUAGUAAGAGGCCGUUAGUUGACCAAACGCUAUGGCGUGGUUUCUGUGACCGUGUACUCGUCUAAAGCAAAUAAUGCUCUUUUUUUGCCAUUAUCUUAAAAGUGUUCAUCACUGACAGGCAAUCUAGAUAGAUAGAUAGAUAGAUAGUUUAUUCACCUUUUAACUUGCAGCCAAGAGCUGAAUUCCGUUAAGGUUUACAAAUGCAAUAAUAAUAAUAAUAAUAAUAAUAAUAAUAAUAAUAAUAAUAAUAAUAAUAAUAAUAAUAAUAGGCAAUACUGGUUAAAUCCUUGCAAUAGCUGCCUUAUUCAAGAAAACUGGUAUAGUGCUGGCUUCUGCCUGUGGGCACGACUGCUUCAAAUUCUGGAUUAGACAAUCUGCUACUGUCCAUGGGCUAGGCUGAGUUGAUGUUUUAUUUCUACAGGGUCUUGGUACAGAAGACUCUAAAGGUGUUCAAGAUAGUGUACAAUUCAGUGGCCAAAGGUAAGUACCAGGGACUCUGCACAAGAGAAUGCCAGGAUAUAUUACUAUUAAUAGGAAAUUUGGUAAAACGUUUCUUCAGGAAAGGAAAUAUUAACAGGAAGGAGGGGGGUAAACUUUUCAUGUGAUGCAUUUUACACAAAGAGAGACAACUUGUGGAGACACUGGCAGGGAUAAUUUUUUCACACUAACCUAGACUGGAUUUAUAUAUCAAGGGCCACAUUAUAGUGUCAGUCAACUGAAUCUCCCCUGCUCGAGCAUGCUGCCUGAAACCGGCAUUAAAAAAAUGAAAAUUAUUCAAGAAAGAAGACAUACAGAGGAGAAGUUGUCACGUCACGUUGCCAUGGUAGCAAAAUUUUUGGAUGACAACAAACCGAUAAAGCCACUUAAAAGUCUACGGUAUUCGCACUAUUUCAAACUUCACCGAUCUUAUUCAAUUUCAUUUAAUUUGGCAAAUCUUGGCGAAAUUUUCUUUUGAACCGUAUCUAUCGUUAUCUAAGUUUAGAAAAAGAAAGCGACAAUUUUUGUAUUGAGUUCAGCUACACCAUAAAGCGAACAUGUGAAAAUAGAAUGUUUCAUGUCGUAGUGGUGUAACGACGGCAAAGAAAUGUACAAAAUGGCGUGAUGCACGCGUGAUGCACGCGUGAUGCACGUGCAAAGUUGUUGUUUGUUAAUAUAAACAUAUUAUUUUUUGCUUUUCUCUUUGCCGUCGUCGUUUGUUUUGUUGUCAUCCAGAAAUAGUGCUACCAUGGUAAUGUGACGUCAAACUUCUCCUCUCGCCAUUGAGGCUUAAUUUAAGUUGGAUGUAUCAUCGUUAUCGUUUUUUCGCUUAUUAGCAUAUUUUAAUUAUUGCGGAGAUCCAAUCAACCUCAUCAGACCGGAGGUUGAAUUAAGUUUCACUUUUUUUUCAUAUCAUUUCAUUCGUUUACAAAGAUUAUAGCGUGCGAAAACAGCCGUUUCUCCUCGCUUUUCGCCGCUGAGGACGUUUCGCGGGGAAUAACGUCUGCGACUCAGCGUUGAAAAUUCCAUAGUGAUGACGUAAAAUCUGUCCGGAAUCCGGUCAGAAGCGCUGAUCGGUCGACGGAGUAGUUACAUUGUUUUAGCUAUUGUUUACGAAUAGCAGACAAAAGACAAAAGGCCACCGAGGUCAAAUGUAAACAAGAUGAAUCUCUAACAAAACAGUCAAAAUUGGUGAAAUAUAUUCUUCUCUAGAAGAAGCAUUUGAGUUUUGCUGGAGCUCAUUCGCAGAUGAACACAACGCUUUAGUAAAAUCGACCAGGAGAAACGUGAAACUGAACAAAUUUGGAUGUGGAACCCCAUGACUACCCGAUCUAUUAUGUUAACAUUGAUUUACGUCAUCAGUAUGGAAUUUCUGUCGCUCAGUCGCAGACGUUCCUCCGCGCGAAACGUCCCCAGCGGGGAAGAGCGUUGAGAAACGGCUGUUUUCACAUGCUACAAAGAUUAACGCUCCUAUUUUAUUUAGCGUUUAUUUUAUGAAGUAAUAAUUUGUUGUAAUAAGGUAUUAGUUACAAUUCAUAGAUAGAGUUGCAAUGCAAAGCUAUUAUUGUUUGCAAAUGACCAUAGUUUUUCUGAAAUGCAACCUUUUGUUGUCAUACAAGUUACUAAGAGUAACUUCAAUGAAAUCGUUGCCCAUUGCAAGAACAAAUUCUAUGCACAAAAGUGCAUUUUAUUGUCAGUAAUGACGCUUUAAAUGACUGCAUAGAUGAUAUAUUCAUUAUUUUUGUAAAGAAGAAGUGCUAUUUGAUAUUUUUUCUUUUAGAGACAGGACUAAAGUUCCGCGAGGAAAAUCGAUUAAAAAAAGCAAAGACUGGGUCAAAGAAAAGAAAGACAGAAGACGUCGCCAAGGAAAGUAA